CAAAGCGCCAUGUCUCUCUCCAAGCAUGUCAAUCCAGAACAUCUAAUACAGCAGUCCAAGGACAAGCCGCUCCACGCACAUCACUUAACAAAGUCAGAUACAACCUCCUUGUCUUACGGCGCUCGUUAUGGGACAUCUUCUGUUCCAAAAUACAAAAUCCCCUCCACGGGAAUCGACGCUGAAUCCAGUUACCAACUCAUUCAUGACGAGCUCUCUCUCGAUGGUUCUCCUCUUUUGAACUUGGCGUCGUUUGUACACACAUGGAUGCCUGCCGCUGCUGACAGGUUGAUGCAAGAGAACAUGUCUAAGAACCUGAUUGAUCAGGACGAAUACCCGAUGACGCAGGCAAUCCAUACUCGCUGUAUCUCUAUUUUGAGUGACUUAUGGCAUGCGCCACCGGCUCACCAGGCCAUAGGUACAGCUACGACUGGCUCAUCUGAAGCUGUUCAACUCGGUGGGCUCGCCAUGAAACGUAUUUGGCAGGAAAAGCGCAAAGUAGCCGGCAAGUCUAUUCAUGAGCCAGGACCGAACAUCGUCAUGGGUGCGAAUGCUCAGGUUGCCCUUGAAAAGUUUGCGCGCUAUUUCGAAGUUGAGAUGCGUUUGGUUCCUGUAUCUGCCACGAGCAAGUACAGGCUUGACCCAGUGAAAGCUAUGGAAUACGUUGACGAGAACACGAUCGGCGUGUAUGUCAUCUUGGGCAGCACUUACACUGGCCACUACGAACCUGUAAAAGAGAUGGCCGAUCUCCUAGACGAAUAUGAGGCCAAGACAGGCAACAAUGUGCCCAUUCAUGUCGAUGGUGCAUCUGGAGCAUUUGUUGCUCCUUUUGCCACGCCCAAGCUUGUCUGGGAUUUUAAAAUUCCUCGUGUCGUCUCCAUCAACACAUCCGGCCACAAAUUCGGUCUCGCCUACGUUGGCGUCGGUUGGGUUGUCUGGCGCUCCCAAAAAUACCUCCCGAAAGACCUUAUUUUCGAGCUCCACUACCUCGGUUCUGUCGAAUAUUCCUUUUCGCUCAACUUCUCCCGUCCCGCAGCCCCCAUCAUUGCGCAGUAUUUCAAUUUCCUGCACCUCGGAUUUGAAGGCUAUCGAAGGGUCGCUCUAAAUGGCUUAGCCAAUGCGCGCACGCUUUCACGCGCACUCGAGCGCUCUGGGUAUUAUACAGUGCUGAGUGACAUUCAUCGGUAUGCGCAAGGAGGAAGCCUGAUGGGUGCUGCGAAGACGGUUGGUGCUGUCGAUGAAGCGAAUAACUAUAUUCCUGGUUUGCCGGUCGUAUCUUUCCGGUUCUCUGACAAAUUCAAAGAGAAACAUCCUGAUUUGCAGCAAAGAUGGAUCCAGACCCUCCUGCGGUCGAGAGGAUGGAUUGUCCCCAACUAUGAACUUCCCCCGGCUAUGGAGACAGUGGAGAUCCUCCGUGUCGUUGUAAGAGAAAAUUUGACUGAGGUCCUUAUCGAUCGCCUUGUUGCGGAUCUUAUCGAGAUCACUGAGUCACUUGCGAAUGACGACUCCCCGACCCACGCGUUAACUUCUCUUGGGGACCAAAAGCAUCGAUCCACGACUCAUGAGGAAAGUCACGGUAAAGUUGACGGUGACAUGAUUGGUGUCCCCAAAUACUCUGGCACAUAUGCCAAACCGUGUUGA